UCCUUAUAAAUCAGAUGCUUCAAGCUCCGCGGGUCACUGCUCGUCCAGCUUUCAACUGAACAUAUCCGCUUAUAUUAGCUUCCAUUUCUUCUUCCAUGGCUUCCUCCGCAAUUCUGAUUCGCGCCUCCAUUCUUCUCAUCCUCCUCCUCGCGCUCUCCACCUUCGCGGAGCCGCGCGGCUCUGUUCUUGAAUCCCAGAUUUCCACCAUUGCAGAAGGCGUGGGAAGCUCUCUUCCGAAAACAGACAUAGGUAACAAAAUAUUACAUAGCUCUACGUGCACCAAAAAAACCGAAUAUACACAAUUAUAUAUUUACCCAAAAGUAAAAUCCGUCAUUACCGUCGAAUUUGCCGGCGGAGAGAUAUACACCGGAAAUUGCGGCGUCCAAACCUGCGAAAUAUUCACUGGUAUUUUACCGGAAUUUAUAAAGUUUCGGACAUAAUUUGCGCCGGUUAUUAUCGGCGAAUGUUGCGUUGGCUUACAUAAACUCGAUGAAUGUUUACCGACGCAUUAACCGCUGGUAAGGUAACCGACUGAUACUCUGCCAGAAAUCUCGAUGGAAAGGCCCUAUUUUGACCUGGCCGUGAUCUUUCUUCUUC